GUCUACGUGGGGAAGAAAGGUUGGUCUGACCGUGUUUGAAACCCGUAUUCACAAGCAGGACCAAUGUCCAAUCCAGGGUAACCAUACCGCCUGUUGUGUGCUCUUCCUCCCCACCCCGUUAGGCAAAUGGACUUGUUUAGCACCACCCGGGGCGUAUAAAUGGGAAGGCGAGGCGAGGGUCUGUAAUGCUGCGCCGGGUGCGGCAGUCUCUCCGGCAGGUGCUGUUUCUGAUGGCCCGGAGACCAGAUCUAGUCUGCGGGGCUAUCGUGCUCAGCGUCCUCCUCAUACUGGCCGUCAAGUUCACCUGCAGCCGUGCCAAGAAUGUGGUGGCAGCAGCACGGCCUCCUGUCCGGUUCUUCUCUGCCGAGACCCCGGUGGUGGACCUCUACUUAGGCCAGCUGGACCAGGUGGAGCGUCUGAGGGGAGUGGCAGAGGUCUCUCUCAUUUUCUUCUAUGCACCCUGGUGUGCUCAUUCGAUGGCUGCCCGGCAGGAGGUGCAGCAGGUGGCCAAGAAACUGGCAAAACAGGUGCAGUUUGUGGCUGUGAACUGCUGGUGGAGUCAGGGAAAAUGCCGGAAACAGAAUCGAUUGUUUCAGUACCCAGUCAUCCACCUGUUCUACAGAAGGUUUGGACCUAUAGAAUACAAGGGUCCCUUCAUUGCUCCCUAUGUGGAAAGUUUUGUCCGCAAAGUCAUCACACCGCUCAUUUACCUGCCAUCAAGAGCCACGCUUCAAGAUUUCCUCGCCAACCACGAGCCAGGAGUGGUUGGUUUCUUCCAGUUCAACUCCUCUCCUCAGCCACCGGGGUACAUCACGUAUCUGUCCUCUGCUCUGCAGGCCCUCAAGAGGGAUUUCCGAGGUGUGGUUCGUUUUGGGGUAGUGACCAACAGGCAGGUGGCAGAGGCCAUCUCAGUUAAGGAGGACGAAACUGUUUACCUCCACAGACGAUUUAACUCCUCUUUGAUUUUCCCUCGUCAAGAACGUAACUUCACCUCAGAGGGCAUCUGUAGUUGGGUGUUUGAGCACUGUGAGACUGUCCUGCAGUGGCUACAGCCACCAGGAACAAAGUCUCGCCUCUUGGAGCAGGAACUGACCAAAGGUCCUGCACUCCUGCUGUUCCUUUCUCACAAUCCACUUGGGUCCAAACCCAAUCCCAUACUGCAGCAGAUGGCAGACAUUGCUGUGCGUUAUCAUUCCUGUGACAAUAAUUACCACUCCAGCUUGGACAGAAGUGGCAUCCCUCUGUCCCACUCGGUGUGCUGCCAGUCAGUGGUUCUUCCUGGCUCCAGCUCCAGUGUGUGUGAGCUGUGCCUCAGCUUGUCUCGGCCCAGCUCCACCAGCUCUUCUAUACCCUGCUCCUUCCCCUCCGUGGCUCAGGGGGGGGCUCCACUGCAGUCUUACCUCAAACACUGCUGCCUACACCGACCACCUGCCCCAGUGUCCGUACACACUGCAACCUCAGUGGCCUGUUGUGACUUUCUGAGCAGCUACAGCCCGUUUGGUCAAUACAGUGCCUGCUGCAGAAAACUAGAAUCUCAACUCAACAAAUCUUCCUCACAAGAGGGGUCAGACUCACAGAGCGUUCCCCUCGCGCCUCCCUCCUCCUCCGUCCCUCUAUCCUCUGUCCCCUCCCAGGAAGGAGGCAGCAUCACGGGCCUGCGCUGUCAGACCAAUAAAACACUGAGGUUCUAUGUGCUGGAUGUGGCCCUCAACUGGCCCCUGGCAUUGAGGCUUGGGGCCCCAAGAAAUGGAAGUGCUUCCUAUCAGUUGGAGCAUGGUGUGCAAGGUGACAAAAGUGCCAAUUGGUCAUUUGCUACCAUUGUGAACCUUAAGGAUGAGGUUCAUUAUGUCCACCACCACAACCCAGCAACCACACUGACAGAGUCUCUGGAGGUGUUCAUCAGGAACUUCAGUGCUGCUUACAGCCCCCUGCAGAGGCACCUGGUGGGAGAGGAGGACAGUGCAGCGGGUGAGGGGGCGGCUCCCCCUCCUGCACGCCCCCUCAUCACAGAGCUGACCACUUCGUCCUUCCUGCCCUCGGUCAUGGACCUGCAGAAGGAUGUGCUGCUGUUCUACUACACCCAGUGGUGUGGCUUCUGUUCAGCUCUCAACCACAUCAUCAUCCAGCUGGCCAGAUUACUGCAGGGCAACAGCACCAUCACUGUUGCUAGGGUGAACGUCGCACGUAAUGACCUCCCAUGGGAGUUUAUGGUCGAUCAUGUUCCCUCCGUACUCCUUUUUCCCAGAUACAGGAAACACCUUAGCGUGAAGUUCCCUGAUGAUGUUCCCAUCACCCUGCCCAAUCUGUUACGCUUCGUCCUGCAGCACUCCAGCUCCGCCAGGGACGCUCCCGGCUCAGCGAAGCCUCCCAGUGAGGCAGAGGGCCCCGGGCCCAACGCUCUUCUCCGUGCAGAGUUUCUGGCUCUCCAGGGCGAGGUUCACGCGCUCCACCGUGCCCGUGAGCGUCUUUCCCAGCAGCUGGCACAGCUCUGGCGUGACAACCGGCGCCUGACAUUUGACACGCGCACCUUAGAAGCCCAGAACGCCGAGCUGCAGCGGGAGAGGCAGAGCUUAGAGGAGCAGCACCGGGAGAAGAGCCGCCAGCUGGGGGAGGCGGUGAGACGUCUGCAGGAGCUGGCAGACACGUCUGAAAACCUGCUGAAUGAGAACAUGCUGCUCCGAGUUCUCUUGAGAGCACUGAAAGACAGGACAGAAGUCAAGGAGGAGUUAGACGGGAAGGAUGGAGAGCAGAAGAGAAACCAUAUGGCCUCCUGACCACCCGUCUGCAGGGAAUCCAGAGGAGACAGCUGGAGGCUGAGGAGCCAGGACUUGGGCAGGAGAUGGAGGCAGAAUGGGUUAAAAAUGAUUGUCAAACCUGAGAUGUGAUGAAAGGUGGGAAUAAUCAGUGUUGAGCAAAAUGAAGGUAAAACAAAGAGGAGGAGAAACAUAACCAGACAGCUCUUUCAAAAGGAAAGAGUAGAUGAAGGUGAAAGGUAAUCUGUUGGAAAAAAGAAGACUACUCAGUUAGAUGGAGAAGCAGCUAGAGCAAAAGAAGCAGAGAUAGGUCAAAAAGUAGCAGUGUCUGUCAGAGGGUUUUUGUACAAACGGAGCCCUCCAUGGCGCUGUCAUGAUGGUAAUCCAUGCUUUGAUUUCACAACACUGUAUAAGGGGAAUUCAGUGCCAAGCAAUUAAAAGGCUCAAUUGUGAUUUCGAACUCACACAAAUGAAAUGUCCAGUGAAGGGUCAGAAGUGACCGCGGUCGUCACGGCUACUACAUGCACCCUUUCCUGUAGUAUGCACUUAUCUGCUACCCUACAAGCUUAGGGUUGGUGCUAACGUUUCCUUUCAACAAUCCUUUGCUUUUAAGUUGAUGUCUGGUAGGAGGUAAGUGUACGGAAAAAAGUGCAUGAACAAAAGACCUAGUGAUUUAUAAUCUGGAUGCAGGGAGGGAGGGCCACUAAUGAAGUGCAGAUAUAUUUAUUAGUGAACAUGGUGGCGCCUGCUCACAGGUAUGCUGGUGGGCCAAUGAACACUUGAACUAAUGAGCAAGAGUUUUCCUUCUUGAAGGGGAUAUUUUGCUUUUAUUAAAUCAAUCUAUUUUUACACGAAUCCUUGAGUCACUAAAAAUAAAUCUGUUUCUAUGUAAUUAUUCAGGUAUAAAGAAUAAGAUGCUGCAAUUGUUUACAUGUGAAAUGUUGCACCAGUUUUUACUGAUUAAAAGCUUUUCAUCUUA